GCGGCGGCGGCGGCGGCGGGUGGAAGCGGGGCGCCCGGGGAGGAGGAGGGGCCUGGCGGGGAGGCCGCGGCCCCACAGCCCCAGGGCCCGACAGGCGCACCCGGGGCUCGUCUCUCGAGACUGCCUUUGGCGCGAGUGAAGGCCUUAGUGAAGGCGGACCCUGACGUGACGCUAGCGGGACAGGAAGCCAUCUUCAUUCUGGCACGAGCCACGGAGCUGUUUGUGGAGACCAUCGCCAAAGACGCCUACUGCUGCGCUCAACAGGGAAAAAGGAAAACCCUCCAGAGGAGAGAUUUGGAUAACGCCAUAGAAGCUAUAGAUGAAUUUGCAUUUCUGGAAGGAAGUAACAUGAAGCCCUCAGUGAAGCCGAGAAGAUGCCAGCACCAUGUUCUUAUAGAAUGCAGAAGGUUGCUGUUAUGAGAGCUCCCAGCUGAAAGAGGCUGAUCUGAGCAUGAUCAAGGAUGACUCCUGGAA